CAAACAAUACAAAGAUCCUCCCCAAGUCAACAAGAUCCAUUUUUCCUGUUCCAAUGUCUCCUUUUUGAACUGGUGACCGAGAGGGGAAUGCUGGUCAAUCUCUCGAGUUUCUAACUUUGUAGCAUCUGAGCAGUCCUUGGAUAUUUUUACAAUUCUACAUAUUUGAUCAAUCAAACCGUACCCCCCAAUCUUUAGUUUGGUACUUAUGAGAAGAUGUUAAACGGACAAAAUAGAUCUCAAUUAAAUCAUGUUUCCAAUGCUGGUGGUAACCAUGAGGCCUGGUUAGAAUCUAAUAUCGUGGAUGGAAGUCCACAUACCGAUACUUCCAAUGAGAUGGAUCCCGAUGACAGGAUUCAAAAUUAUGAUAUGGAUCCAUCCAAUCCUUUUCUGGCUUCUGGUUCUAGUGACAAACAAAAAGAAAAAUUCCCAGAGCAAAAGACGUUACGACGGCUGGCUCAGAAUCGUGAGGCAGCUAGAAAGAGCCGGUUGAGGAAAAAGGCGUACGUGCAACAGUUAGAGAAUAGUAGAAUUAAGCUCAACCAACUAGAGCAGGAGGUGCAGCGAGCUCGAAAGCAGGGUGUUGUAAUUUCAAAUGCAGGAGACCAGUCUCAGCCAAAUGGGGGGAACGGCUCCUUGACAUUUGUAGCAGAGUAUUCCCGUUGGCUAGAAGAGCAAAGCAAACUUAUAAGUGAGCUAAGAUUAGCGGUUACUUCACAUAAAAGUGACAGUGAGCUUCGUACUUUAGUGGAAAAUGCAAUCUCACAUUUCAACAACAUUUUUAGGCUAAAAAAAACUGCAGCCAAGGCUGAUGUCUUCCAUAUCAUUUAUGGAAUGUGGACAUCACCUGCAGAACGGUGUUUUCUUUGGAUUGGUGGCUUCCGUUCAUCUGAACUACUCAAGCUUCUAGUGAGUCACUUGGAGCCACUAACGGAGCAGCAGUUGGCAAGCAUUGAUCAUUUACAGCAGACGUCGCUGCAAGCAGAAGAAGCUCUAUCACAAGGAAUGGAUGCAUUGCAGCAAUCACUAGCAGCAACGUUGGCCAGUGAUGCACCCGUUGUCCCAGCAGGGUCAUCGGGUAUGGUAAAUUACAUGGGUCAAAUGGCAAUGGCCAUGGGGAAGUUGGGUACACUUGAAACUUUUCUUCGCCAGGUAAUCCUCUUUACGGUACUUUGGUUAUUAGCUGCUGAGCCAGCACAGUGGUACCCUGUCUUUUAAAGAUCAAAAAGUGUUACAAAACUAUGUGCCAA